GAACAAUAGAAUAUUGGCUCGGCAUAAUGUUUUCAAAAUUUAAUUUCUUCCUCCUACUGCUGAGUGCGGUCAGCUUUGGACGGUCGCUUUCGGAGCGUAGAAUUUCGACUACAGUAGAAAUGCACCACUCUCUGGGCCCAGAGUCGGAUCCAUUCACAUACCGUGGUAACAUCACAAUUUUGACUCUAAACUUUGGGGUCUUCAGCGCAAACCAAGUGCCGCUAACGACCACUGAACUGGAAAAGUUGGGGGAACUCGCUAAGGGAAAUGAUUUCUAUCGAAUGCAAGCCACUGUUGUGUAUCCGAACGGAAUGAAACAGAAUUUCCUGACCUUUAGUAAGGCCUGUGGUUUACUUCAGUCGGACCUCAAUGAUGUACUUUGGAUAACACUGGACCCAUCUGGUUUCAUAACGGCAAUUACGCACGCCUCUUCCUCCGGUUCAGUUGAUUGCAGAACCGAUGGUCAGAUCGAAGCACAAACACAAGAAUUCACAACCGAUGUAAUCGUUAAGCAUGCCGAGGUAGCCCCAAUGCCUGAUACGGCCAGCUUUAUUGAGAAACUGGAACGCGAACGAGAGGCCCGGGAGCGUGGCGAGUUUCGAGAUGACAGAGGUUUCAUUGCAAAGUACUGGAUGUACUUUGUGCCUGUCUUGCUGCUAAUCAUCUUAUCUGGUGCCACACACCAAGAAGCACCUAAGUAGACAGCCCGAACGUCACAGAAAGCAUUUAAAUAUUUAAGACUGUCGUUAUAAGCCACUAGAGGUGAUUAAAAAUCAAUUCACACUAAUUACUCGCAUGUGUUAAUCGUUAUAUAGACAAUAGACUUGUUAAAUGUAUCAAUAUA